AUGCCGGAUGUCAAAGACGAAGCUAUUUUAAAUUACAACGGGCAACAACUCACAAUUAAUGUUCAAAUGUUAAAUGAUCUUGAAAGGCUCGGCACUGGAUGUUUUGGAAAUGUGAUGCUUGUGGACGUUGUUGAUCAUCCUGAAAUCAAAAUGGCUAUUAAAAGAAUGACAUUACAACCAAAAGAUGAUUCAAAUAAUGAUUUCACUGCUGAUACCGAUCUAAAAACAAUUAGAGCUGUUGGCUCACAAGAUCACCCAUAUAUAAUUAAAUUUUAUGCAGCAUUAGUCGACACGCGCGAUAGCCAACUUGUUAUAUGUAUGGAAGCAAUGAAUGCCUCGCUGGAUCGUUUUUACAGAGCAAUGCAUAUUGCCAAAAGAUUUGAGCAACUUGAUGCACUAUUACGUCGUGUUUCGAAUAACCCCGAACGUCUCUGGACCGGAGCCCCAUAUGGAAUACAAUCUGAUAUGUGGGCAUUAGGAAUCAGUUUACUAGAAAUUGCGUCUGGUGUGCAUCCAUUUGAAAGAUUACAACAGUUCGAAUUAAUAACUAAAAUUGCAACAUGGAUUCCUCAAAUUCCAAAUACAAUUUCAACCGAGAUGUCGGAAUUUAUUUUUAUUUUACUCAAAAUUGAUUUAAAUCAACGUCCAAGUUCAUACAAUGAAAUUCUUGAAAUGUCUGUUGUUAAAAAUGUAUCUGAACAACCAUCGACAGAAGAAAUUAACUUUGUAACGAGUAUUCUAGAAAAAAUUCCACCGUUAGAUGAUUAUUAG